AUGAAGCUCUCUCUCCACUGGAUGAUACUUUUCUCCUGGCUAUACUGUACCAAUGGCACGGAAGUUGCGGAUAGACCCUCGAAAAAGAAGUCCAAGUUGCUUAACCCAUUCGCUAACCUACGUUUAGGGCUGAGGAAACGAAGAAACAGUAGGACACACAACUCCAGUUUCAGUGAAUCAAUUGACAGUUCCCAUGUGGAUUGGGAAGAAGACGACACUUAUGACAGCAUCAAUCCUUAUGACUCGGAUAUUGACAUAGGAGAUAGUGAAACGGAAGAUAACUCAACGAGCAAAUCCACUUUAAGCUCCCCCUCAACAGAGGACCCACCAGAUAGUCCCUGCAAAAUAGGAUUCAUGCUACAAGCUACUCUCCCCCCAUUGGGGGAGGGGCAAUUUCCAACAAAAGAUGAACAGGACAGUAAUAGAAACAUAUCAGCUGAAGGGCCAACUGACGAUAAUUCGGAUGCUGUUCCGUUAAAGGGGAGUAUAAAGAAUAUCAACCCAUUGGUUAUUCUCCCUUCGUCGCCCCCUAAAGAUGAUGUACCUGUAUUACUGAGGCGGAGAGAUAAUAAUAGAAGGAGCCUAUCGAAAAAAGAGACUAUUAAAAAAUUGUCUGUGAAAUUCUUAAGAGGUGUUUCUCCUUUUAGGAAAACCUCCUUAGGAACGAAUAGCAAUCAUGGUAAUGAUCAGAGUGGUUAUUACGGAGCGAGCGCGGAUGCUGAUGUAGGGAAGGGGCCUUCGCAUGAGGAAGAUUCAUCAAAAGAAGAGCCAACGGUGGGGGACUGGCAGAAGUAUAGAGCAGGGGGAAUAUUUGAUAUGACCGAAGACGAUUUAAGAGCGUUAAUAACAUUUCCUCCAAAGAACCGGAGUUUAGAGACCCUGUUUGAUGUGGGGCUAAGUUUAGACGAUGAUAAUGGAGAAGUAGACAGAGGAGGAGCACAUGGAGGAGACGAAACAGAGGAAGAAAAGGACGACUCGGUAAGAAGAAUAUACCUAUCAUGCCUUGAAGAUUUAGCACGUGAUACGCAAACUGGUGUAGUUGGGAAUAGAGGGAACGAAGGAAAAAUUGUUGAGCAAUCUCUCGAUGAAAUGAAUAUCUACAGUGGAGGUCGUGACAAUAAGAAGAAAUAUGAACUAAUGCGCUUAAACACACUUUUUUGUUUGUAUGAACAGAAGAAGGAGGAGGAAAUAAGACAGAGGAGGUUACAUCGCAGGCGUUCUGCGCACGAAUUCAGUAAGGAUCAUGAAUCACAUGUUAACAUUCCCAACGAAGAUAACUAUAUGAAUAUGAAAGACAUCGCAAUGAAAGUAAAUAACAUAUUCGAUAAUGUCAGUUUAUCUUCACUGCCAAUUGAAUUCAUCGACGACUAA